GUAAAAUUGAAAAUCAACUAUAAUUUAACACUUCCUUAUUUUUACCCCAAAUCAAAAUCAGAAGUCUUUUUGCAAAUUUUUUUCCUCCGUACUUUUAAGCCCUUGGCAGGGGUCGUUCUUCGCUCUGUUGUUGUUUUCCUCCUUUCCGCGGGUCGGACUCCAGGAUCGCAGUUCAAGGCAUCUCUCUCCGGCUAGAUUAACACCGUUGUUAGAACAAGCUAGAGUGACAUAUCUUGACUUAAACAUCUGUUGUGUGCAUGGAUCCCUUCCAUGUAGCAGAUGUUCCCUCAAACCAGGAAGCUGUUGUAAGGUCAUCGGAGCCGAACACUUCUCCUCACGUGGCCCGGGCGAAGAAGCUCUUACAUAGAAGAAUUCUGGUUGGCGUUAACGACGGCCGCUUCUUUGCUGGCUCCUUCUACUGCAUCGAUAAGCAAGGAAACAUCAUCCUUCAAGACACUGUUGAGUACCGCAGCACGCGGCGAGACUCUUCUCCUUCAUCCCCUAUGGAGCAGCGAUGUCUCGGUCUCAUUCUCAUCCCUUUCUCGUGCCGCACUUCGUGCCACGUGGACUGCUCCGUUGAAGAACAGUUGUCUCUCAUGUCCUUGUAUGAGGUUAGUUCGAAACCGUGACCACUCGUAACGCCGCUUCUUUUAGAUUUAAUCAGGGUUGUUCACAUAUAACCGAAUGGGUAAUGAGUCAAUGUUCGGGUCGGUGAGUUUGGAGUCAGUUAGUGUGUUUUACAUAUUUAGUUAACUUAAAAAAGAACAUUUGGGUAG